AGAGUGUUAUCUAUGGUCAAAUAAUUUCGUCCUUCGCAGACUGCGCAAGAGCGCAGGUGCAUGUCUAUUGGUGUUUUUAGCAGACAGCUGCGAAACAUUUAUCCUGUUUGUGCUUGAGCGAAAUCAGUAGAAAUGCAUCGUGCUCGAACUAUAAUCACUAAUUUACUACCAUUAUCGCCAUUAAUUCCACGGGUGGCUGGACCGGAAAAGUUUGCGUCGUGGCUGUUACGGACUAAUACCUUAUGCUGUACUGGGAGUGGCUUGCUUCAUCCAAGAAGAUGUUACAGCAAUGCAGCGGCGGAGCCCUUCUUGAGUGGCACAUCUGCAUCUUAUGUGGAGGAAAUGUACAGUGCCUGGCUGAAGGAUCCCUCCAGUGUGCACGCAUCGUGGGACGCGUUCUUCCGCAACGCGUCGGCGGGGGCGGUGCCCGGGGAGGCGUACCAGCGGCCGCCCAGCACGUCGUUCAUGGGCCGCAACCAGCAGCCCGUGUCGAGCGUGGUGCCGUACGGGGGCGGGCAGCCGGGCCUGGCGCUGGACGGCCAGAUCAGCGAGAAGAUCAUCGACGACCACCUCGCCGUGCAGGCCAUCAUCCGGUCCUACCAGAUUCGAGGGCACCACAUUGCGAAACUGGACCCGUUGGGUAUAUCCAGUGCUGACCUGGACAUUGCGCCUGAAUUACUCUAUAAUCAAUACUCUUUUGGCAAGAGUCAGACCACCUUCUCGAGGAAGCUGCAGCUGAAAGUGGCGUCCCUGAUGGAAAAGGAAGGAGACAUGGAUAGGGUUUUUAAGCUUCCUUCGACCACGUUCAUCGGUGGGAAAGAAAAAGCUUUAUCGCUUCGAGAAAUUCUGCGCCGACUGGAAACUGCGUACUGCCGCCACAUUGGCGCGGAGUUCAUGUUCAUAAACUCGUUGGAGCAGUGCAACUGGAUUCGCCAGAGGUUGGAGACGCCGGGGAUCUUGGAGAUGUCGAACGACGACAAGAGGCUCAUCCUGGCCCGCCUCACGAGAGCCACCGGGUUCGAAGCGUUCCUGGCGCGCAAGUGGUCCAGUGAGAAGCGUUUCGGGCUGGAAGGCUGCGAGAUCCUGAUCCCUGCGAUGAAGCAGGUGAUAGACAAGUCGACGGAGCUCGGCGUAGAGUCGGUGGUCAUGGGCAUGCCCCACCGCGGUCGCCUCAACGUGCUGGCCAACGUGUGCAGGAAACCACUGGAGCAGAUAUUCACGCAGUUCGCUGCUCUGGAAGCUGCAGAUGACGGGUCCGGAGACGUGAAGUACCACCUCGGCACGUACAUCGAGCGACUGAACCGUGUCACGAACAAGAACAUCCGGCUGGCCGUGGUCGCCAACCCGUCCCACCUGGAGGCGGUCGACCCGGUGGUCCAAGGCAAGACGAGGGCUGAGCAGUUCUACAGGGGAGACGGGGAAGGCAAGAAGGUUAUGUCGAUCAUCCUUCAUGGCGACGCAGCUUUUGCAGGCCAGGGGAUCGUGUACGAGACGUUCCACUUGUCCGACCUACCCGACUACACGACACGGGGAACCAUCCACAUUGUCGCCAACAACCAGAUUGGCUUCACCACCGAUCCUAGGCACUCGCGUUCAUCGCCCUACUGCACUGAUGUUGCUAGGGUAGUCAACGCACCAAUCUUCCACGUGAAUUCCGACGACCCUGAAUCUGUGAUGCACGUGUGCAAAAUAGCUGCAGAGUGGAGAGCGCUCUUCCACAAGGAUGUUGUUAUUGACAUUGUCUCUUAUCGUCGAAAUGGCCAUAACGAAAUAGACGAGCCGAUGUUCACUCAACCGCUCAUGUAUCGGAAGAUACGGGAAACGAAACCUGUGCUCAACAAGUAUGCGGAUAAACUAAUCAGUGAAGGCGUAGUGACACCUGAAGAAGUGAAGGAUGUUAAAGAUAAGUAUGAAAGUAUUUGCGAGGAGUCGUACCAGAACGCCAGGAAGGAAACCCACGUCAAGUACAAGGACUGGCUGGACUCCCCUUGGUCCGGCUUCUUCGAAGGCAAAGACCCGCUGAGGGUGUCUCCCACUGGCGUGAAGGAAGAUACUUUGGUUCACAUUGGCAAGAAAUUUUCAUCCCCGCCUCCAAACGCUGCUGAAUUUGUCAUUCACAGAGGUCUGGAGCGCAUCCUGAAGGCGCGCAUGGAGAUGGUGGAGGCCCGCGAGGUGGACUGGGCCCUCGGCGAGGCGAUGGCCUUCGGCUCGCUGCUGAAGGAGGGCAUCCACGUGCGGCUCAGCGGGCAGGACGUGGAGAGGGGGACCUUCAGCCACCGCCACCACGUGCUGCACCACCAGAAGGUUGACAAGGCCACGUAUCGCCCUCUGUGCCACUUGUACCCGGACCAGGGACCGUACAUCGUCUGCAACAGCUCGCUGUCCGAGUUCGGUGUGCUGGGCUUCGAGCUGGGCUACUCCAUGACCAACCCCAACGCGCUGGUCUGCUGGGAGGCCCAGUUCGGCGACUUCAACAACACUGCCCAGUGCAUCAUCGACCAGUUCAUAUCCUCCGGACAGGCCAAGUGGGUGCGGCAGUCGGGCCUGGUGAUGCUGCUGCCCCACGGCAUGGAGGGCAUGGGUCCAGAACACUCCAGCGCCAGACUGGAGAGGUUUCUGCAGAUGUCGGCCGAUGAUCCCGACUACUUCCCCCCAGAGAGUGAAGAGUUUGCUGUCAGGCAGCUCCAUGACAUCAACUGGAUUGUAGCCAACUGCUCAACGCCAGCCAAUUACUACCAUAUUUUAAGGCGACAAAUCGCUCUUCCUUUCCGCAAACCUUUGAUUCUGAUGACGCCUAAAUCGUUACUGAGACACCCAGAGGCACGGUCGGGAUUUGAUGAAAUGCUUGAAGAUACUGAGUUUUUACGAGUGAUUCCUGAUACUGGCAGUGCUACCCAAAAUCCUGAUGGUGUCAAGAAGUUGAUCUUCUGCUCUGGCAAAGUGUAUUAUGAUGUAAAGAAAGCCCGCAAAGAAAAGCAGCUUGAAGAUCAGAUAGCAGUAUCAAGAAUGGAGCAGAUAUCUCCGUUCCCCUAUGAUCUGGUGAAGAAAGAGUGUGCGAAGUACCCCAAUGCUGCCCUGGUGUGGGUCCAAGAGGAGCCCAAGAACCAGGGCAGUUGGACGUACGUGCAGCCUCGCUUCAGCACCACUCUCAACAAGACCAGGAGCGUCAGCUACACCGGCCGGCCCACGGCAGCGUCGCCGGCCACGGGCAGCAAGAUGCAGCACCUUCGGGAGCUGGAGGCCUUCCUGGACGAAGCCAUGGCCAUCUAGGCCGGGCCGACCGCACAGUAUUGCCACGCGGCCAGUCGCUUUAAUCACCGUCGCCCCUGCAUCCACCAGGUGACACUAUCGCACUCCGGAGAUGCAUGGAGCCGGGCGCGGGCUUAAACUACGUACAUCACCGUUGUCAUCCGAUAUACACGUUCUGUAUAUAUUAUGUACAACUGUAUAUAUAUAUACAUUGUUGAAAAGUGUUUGCAGGCAAUACUUUUAGAAAUAUUAAUGUUCAAAUAAAAUUAAAUCAUUACAUUGGUUUGCACAAGUUUUGGGUAUACUAUAAAAAAAUUUAAAAAGUGUUAAUGGAUAAAGGAAAGUUUAGCUUAUGCAAGUUUUCACUCAGCACAUUACAUUAAUUCUUUUUAAAAAAAAAAAAAAAAAAAAAUUGUCUGUAAGUUAAUAGUUCUGGGCAUUACUUUCCUUCCUCUCUGCUGGUUAUGCAUGGUAUGGUACUCAAUUAAAAAUUAACGUGAAAAUAUGCUAGUUUGGAAUGAGGUUUCGCAGAAAAAGGAGUGAGUAAUGCAGUGAACACAGGCUACUUUUACCCAACUUUGCCCUCAACUCUUAAUCACGAUCAACUACAAAGAGACUGUCCCAUAGGGGGAGAUUUGCUUGACCACAAUUGGCCUGCAUUUUAACUUCAACAUUAAGUAUUGGUGCGUUUUAUGUUGACUCUACAUCCAUUGGCAUUUUCCACUCUGCGGUAUAACCAGUUGCAAGGAAAAAGUGGGAAUUUCCAAAUAUUCUGCACACAAAAUGAUGUACAUUUUUAUAAUAUUUUUGGUUGGCACAGUGUUCGAAUUUGUAUUAUUUGUAUAGGCAAGAGACUGGAUUUUAUUUAAUUUCUCUGGAAAUAGACUGAUAUGUUGUACAGGGAGCUGGUAACCACACUUUCAAAAACAUUUAAGGUUGUAAAUUAACACAUUAGCUGUUUUUUUGUUGCAUAGCUGUGUUAUGCAAAUUGUGAUGUGUAAAAAAUUACCAAUUCUGUAUUGUAAUAGCAGUAUUCCGUAGAAUAAAUUAUUGCAUUAUUUUUUUGUGAGGUUAUGUGCCACCUGUGUAUUCAUUAUUCUGUAUAGAUGUACAGUAAAGAAAUAAAUUCACUUAAUGAAAAUUAUAGUCCUUGACUCCAGGUAUCAGUUGCUGAUAUAAAUGUUGAUCUGCAAAUUUGUUUUCAAAGGAGCAAACUUUCAAUCAUAAAUUGUCAUAUAUUCUUAUUAGUAGAUUUCACUUGCAAACCUCAACUUAACCACAUAGGCUCCUACGUGAUUCUGUUGAGGUUUGCAAGCUACUGUAAUCUUAGGAUGUCACUUUGCCUUAAGCAUAUGUGCAUAAUUGUGAAACCCUAAACCUUUUAAAGCAAUAAAUAUCUUCUGUUAGGUGGUAAA